AAGUAUCCUACAGGAAAACAAAAGUCUUGCUGGAAUUCCAGCAGAAAGGUGUUUAAAGCAAGCAGCAAACUGGCAGGUCUCUGGGCCCAGCAGCAGCAGCAGCUCAGUGAACAGCACCUGUCCAUGAAGGUCCCAGAGGAUGGGAGUGCCCCACCACCUUCGGCACGCCCCACACAGACCUGCCGCUUAACAGUAGUUCUCCCUUCCAAUCCUGCUGUGGAGUCAGUGAAACUCUGAGAAAUCAUGUCAAAGCGGCAUCUCAUGGAUGUUUGCUGGCACACCAGACCUGCUCCUGUGCCCACGGGUGAUGGGGCGGGUGAGUGGGCAAGGCUGGCAGAGCCACAGGCCAGGCAGGGAAAGAACUGGCUGCACCUGCUCCUGGCUUUGCCUCUGCAGCAAGACAGAGCACCAAGCUCUUCCCUGCUCCCCAUUCCCUGGUCCCAAGCCUGCUCAGCGUCAGGAAGCCGAUUGCCAGCAAGAGCACUUUGGAACUGUCAGCAGCUGGGACAGGACGGCCCCUCCUGCCCCAGCUGCCAAAGGCCUCCUCCACAGCCGCACGUCCCACCCUUUCCUCAGGGAAAGCGCUUCCCAGCAGCCUGUCCUUCAUCCUGUGGGCAUAUGCUGGAUGCCAACGCAGCAGGCAGCUCCUGCUUCCCAGCUGCCCAGGCGGGCUGGGGAUGCUCAACUACCCCGUUUCCAGGAUGUUCCUAUGCCUGGUGGGAUCAGUCCUUAACCCAGCCUUGCGGGGCCUCCCCAGGACCUGCUGAGCACUUAAAAUAAAACAAGCAUCUAGAGAAGCAGGGCUAGAAAGUGUUGAGGCAGCUCAGUCCACUGGUGCAUCUGCAGGGCGGUUGCAUUUCCUAUCAGGAAAUGUAUCUGUGUGUUAUGGCUUCUGGCAUGUGGUGUCAUGCAUUUGAAUGUGCAAAUGAUAACAAAAAGUGAUAUUUUUGUCAGUCUUUGGGUUUUUUGGUUUGGUUUUUUUUUGUUUGUUUUUGUGGUUUUGUGGGGUUUUUUUGUUUGUUUGUUUUUUGGUUUUUUAUUCUGUUGUGCUUCAGCUGAGGAUCAUGGAAUCAGCAGAUAUUCAGGUGCCUGGAAUGUCCUGUGGAUUGGGCAACUGGAGCUUUCCAUGUUGCAGGAGAGCAAGUGUGGAGAGCUGCUUCGGCUGUGCCUGUCUCUCUGGUGUCUCCUCUGGAGAGAGAUAAACUGGAGGUGUAAGAUCCUGUCUGGCCACAAAACUCCCCAGAAAGGUUUCCUACCCUACCUCCACCUGAAGGAAUCUUCACAGAAAGACAGCACAGCUCUUAUCCAGGUACUCCUAGACAAAAACACAAGCAAACAAAUCACAUUGGGUCAGAUUUCUCAAAGGAUCCCUGAGAUCUGGUAUGGUCUGGUGCUGAGCAUGAUCCCAUGUGGCUCCCAUUAUGCAAAAAAAUCUGUGCAAAUAAUCCCAUCCUCAAAUGGAUCCUCCCGAAAGAGGGCAUUUCACAGAGUGCACUGUAACUCGGGCUCUGUGUGAUGUGCUCCCCCACAGCUGCCAGGGAAGCAUGGAAUGAGUUGCACAUAAGCACACAGUUCUGAGCCUGACUGGACUCUACAGACAGCUUCAUUUUCCAGGCAAAUGAGGGCAGCUGCACCUGGUGUCCACCUUUAUCAGAUCCUCCCCACCCCUCCUGCUGUGGGGUGGCCAGGCAGCUGCACUGUGGGAGCCCCUGCUCACUGCCAUCCCUCCCUCAGCAUGCCAUGGGCACUGUGCGGCCCCAGAGCACUCUGUAAAUAGCCGGAAGCGAUGAAUGGAUUUCCCUUUCCUCUCCAUGUGUGCUUUAGAUUUUUGGCCGGAUACAGCAUGGGCCCAGGACACAUCAAAACAUGAGAUUCACUGCCUGGCAGCCCUGGCUUUCACAUGGGAACAGUUUGGUUUGUGAAGCAGUGUGAAGUUUGGUGCAUGAAGCUUAUGGUGAUUUCCCAGGGAAUGCCUUUUGUUCGCCAGGCAAAGAGCCUGGAUCCGGCUGGGGGCUGGCACAGUCUCCGUGCUGGGUGUGAGACACUCGGGUUGGGCUGCAGCAAGGCCAUGCUGUGCUGUGCCCAUGCCAGCACUGUGCAUGGGAAAGUGUUCAGGGAAAGCCAGGCUUUCUCCUGCUUCCCCUUCCUCCCAGACAUGUUUACCACAAACCACAGGGUUUUCUCCUUGGGCAGUGGCCACCCUCCCGUGUGAGCUGGGCAGAUUGUUGGCACCCUGCUGGGGCUCCUACUCGGCCCCUUUCAAUCCGACGGUGUCCCCAGGAUGGGCCCUGCAGGAUGAGCCCAGCCUGGCCCAGCGCGGAGCCCGGGCGGGCCAUGCCUCGCACCCGGCCCGUGGCGGCGGGAGGCUGAGGCGCCCCGAGGUGUGCGCGGCCUCAGCCCCGCCGCACGCCGCUCCCCGGGGGACAGCCCGUGCAGGGCUGCUCCCGACGGCUCCUGGAGUCAGGGCCGUCUCCGAACAAUGGGUGGAGAGCAGGAAACGCCGCAUGGGAAACAGGAUUUGGCUCCGCCGCCGCCAGCCAGCCACGGCCCCUUGGCCCCUUUCCUUUCCCUGCUCCAGAGAGCCCUUCCCACAGCCAUCAGCCACGGGGCUGCACCGAGGGGAUGGGGAUGCUGCCACCCGGGCGGGCUGGGGCAUGAGGCACGCUGAACCUUGGACAAAAAGCAGGGUCAGGACACCUCCUGCCUGGGCUAGGGCCUCAGCAUGGCUCAGGGAACCCUGAGCACGCAGCCCUAGCCCUGGAGAGGUGGGCUGGUGCCUUUUUUUGGAAGAGCUGCCACCAGGCAGGGGACCCCAGUGGCCCCUUGGCCAGCAAGCCCUGCUCCUGAGCAGCUGGCUGGCCAAGGAGCCAGCAGAAACAGGGCAUCUCGCAGUCCGCGUCCAGGCUAUGCACCAAAGGAGGUUGUCCCAGCUGCCCUGGAAGUCAAGCAACAGCAUGGAGAAGAGAUGGGGAACAUGGGCAGGGAACAGUGGACCUGAGCUGCUGCUCACAUGGAGCUCCUAGGCAGACACAGCCUCCAGCUCUGACCUCCGUAGCCAGGAAAUGCUGGGGAUUUUCUGACCUCUGCCAGAUUUGGAACAAGCUCCAAGGACAUGGGACUCCGGCUUUAUCUUCUACUUCUCUUCCCACAUCUGGCAGGGGCCAUCCUGGACAUCACCCUGAUCGCCAACGUGCAGAGCCUGUCCCACUCCGACUUCUUCCUCUCCUGUGUCGUGGGGGAGCACGACGUGAGCUACCUGCAGAUCGAGCGGGAGAACAAGAUCGUGAUGACGCACCCCAAAAUGGGCUUCCAAAACUACCGCAACCGCAGCAACCAAGUCCAGGCCAGGGGCUUUUCCAAGGCUGACCUGGUGGGGAUCCUCUACUGCCUGGGGCGCACCCCGACCGAGCAGGCCCAGGUGGUCUAUGUGCACAACAGCCACAACGCCCACCUCUUCCCAGUGAAGGCCACACAGUCUGUGAAUGUUGCUGAGGUGGCCACCUUCUCUGCCAGGAUCCUCAAGAGGAAGGAGACAGAUGUUAUGUGGAAAAGAAACGGCACCUACUACCAAACCACGGACCGGGGCGAGGUGCAGGAUGACCAUGUCGUCCUGACACUCCCCAACGUCAGUGUCAGCGAAAACGGUGUGUACAGUGCCACGUUCAUGGGGGACAGCCCUCUGUGGAGUGCCUUCUACCGCCUCAUCGUGAGAGCCUGCCCUGCGAAGAAAUGGGGACCAUCCUGUGAGAAGGACUGUCCCGACUGUCUGAAUGGUGGCAUCUGCCAUGACCACGUUGGCGAGUGCAUCUGCCCUCCAGGGUUCAUGGGCACCCGCUGUGAGAGAGCCUGCCAGGAAGGCCAGUUUGGCCGCAACUGCCAGGAGACGUGCCAGAGAGCCCAGGGCUGCCGGGGGCUGAGCUUCUGCCUUCUCGACCCCUACGGCUGCUCCUGUGCCUCGGGCUGGAGUGGCUCCCGCUGCGACCAAGCCUGUCCCUCAGGAUUCUACGGCCCUGACUGUGCCCUGGAGUGCGCCUGCCAAAACGGAGGCAGCUGUAACCGCUUCAGUGGCUGUGUCUGCCCUGCAGGCUGGCAUGGGCAGCACUGUGAGAAGUCAGACCGGUUUCCUCAGAUCAUCCAACUGGCCUCAGAGCUGGAGUUCAACCUGGGCUCAGAGCCCAUCAUCAGCUGCAUAGCCAUUGGCAACCCACUGCCCACCAGGGACAGCGUGGAGCUGCGCAAGGCGGACGGCACCGUGCUCAAGGUCAUCAAAACCAUCAUCGAGCCGAAGCAGAUCACCUGCGAGUUUGAGGUGCGGCACCUGUCAAAGGCAGACACGGGGCUCUGGGAGUGCCGGGUCUCCACGACCGGGGGCCAGGACAGCCGGAAAGUCAAGGUCAAUAUCCGAGUGCCACCAGUGCCUUUGAGUGCCCCCCGGCUCUUGGCCAAGCAGAGUCGCCAGCUGGUGGUGUCACCUGUGGACAGCUUCUCUGGUGAUGGACCCAUUACCUCCAUCAAGCUCUUCUACAAGCCCAAGGAUGACAAUUCAGCAUGGUCAUCCAUUGUGGUUGACAACAGCGAGAACAUCACCCUCAUGAACCUCCGGCCAGUGACCGCCUACAUCGUCAAGGUGCAGCUGAGCCGGCCAGGGGCUGGUGGGGAGGGCAGCAAGGGUCCCGAAGCCAUCAUGGUGACUGACUGCCUUGAGCCCACAGUCAAGCCUGUGAUCGAAGGCUGGUCCAUAGAAGAGAAAAAUAUGCUUCAUGUCAACUGGAAGUUGCCAAGCAACCAUGAGCCAGCACAUGGGUUCAUUGUCCACCUCUUCGACUCUGCAAGGCGGUUGGUCUCUGAGAAAAACAUCACAUCCAUCUCUGUGCUCUCUGCCCGCAUCGAGGACUUGGAGUUUAACAAGGAGUACAGGCUGGAGGUGCUGGUGUACCACUGCACCAGCCUGGGGCCACCCUCUGACCCCUAUAAGGUCAUGAUCAACAGUAAAGGGCCCUCCUCCCCGCAGUUGCUCUCGGCAGAGCCCGUGUCUGACACUGCUGUCAGGCUCUCCUGGCAGGUGCCCGAGUACCCCAACGGGGGCAUCACCAAGUACAUCGUGGAGCUGCAGCAGGUGGGGAGCACCAGUGAACCCCAGUGGAUUGACACCGACAGUGGCGCCGAGACCACCAAGAUUGUUGGGGGCCUCAAUUCCAGCACCAGCUACCAGUUUCGUGUCCGUGCCAACUCCCAUGUUCCAGGGGAAUGGAGCCUGCCCGUGAAAGCCAAGACCUUUGGGGAUGGAGUGCUGAGCGUGCCGCCCAGCCUGGGCAGCCAGAGCACUGAGCAGGCGGGAACAGACCAGCAGCUGCUCUUGGCCAUUGUUGGCUCUGUGUCCGUCACUUGCUUCACCAUCCUCUUUGCUCUCCUGGCACUUUUCCUCAUCAAGAAGAAUUUUUUCCACCGGCGCCGCACCUUUACGUACCAGUCUGGCUCGGUGAGUGCCGCCUGCCCCACCAGGACCGUGUCCCCUGCUCCCCACGUCCCAGCCCGAUCCAGGUCACGUUCCAUAGCCUCCAGUCCGGAUGCAGCCAGACCUCACUUCCACGCGGAGAGGGGGGAAGAGACCAUCUUACAGUUCAACUCAGGGACCCUGACCCUGACACGCCGGCCCAAGCCACAGCCUGAGCCCCUCAGCUACCCCAUCCUGGAGUGGGAAGACAUCAAGUUUGAGGACAUGAUUGGAGAGGGCAAUUUUGGGCAGGUAAUCAGGGCCAUGAUCAAAAAGGACGGCCUGAAAAUGAAUGCAGCCAUCAAGAUGCUGAAAGAGUUUGCUUCAGAGAAUGACCAUCGGGACUUUGCCGGGGAGCUGGAGGUGCUGUGCAAACUGGGCCAUCACCCCAACAUCAUCAACUUGCUGGGUGCCUGUGAGAACAAGGGCUACCUGUACAUUGCCAUUGAAUACGCUCCGUAUGGAAACCUCCUCGACUUCCUCCGCAAAAGCCGAGUCUUGGAGACAGACCCAGCCUUUGCCAAGGAGCACGGCACUGCCUCCACCCUCACAUCCCAGCAGCUCCUCCAGUUUGCUUCAGAUGUGGCCAAGGGGAUGCAGUACCUGAGUGAGAAGCAGUUCAUUCACAGGGACCUGGCAGCAAGAAACAUUCUGGUGGGAGAAAACCUGGCCUCCAAAAUUGCUGACUUUGGCCUCUCCAGAGGGGAGGAGGUCUAUGUGAAGAAGACAAUGGGCCGUUUGCCAGUUCGCUGGAUGGCCAUCGAGUCCCUCAACUACAGCGUGUACACCACCAAGAGCGAUGUGUGGUCAUUCGGUGUCCUGCUCUGGGAGAUUGUCAGCUUGGGGGGGACACCGUACUGCGGGAUGACGUGCGCCGAGCUCUAUGAGAAGCUGCCCCAGGGAUACCGCAUGGAGAAGCCGCGCAACUGCGACGACGAGGUGUACGAGCUGAUGCGGCAGUGCUGGCGCGACCGUCCCUACGAGCGCCCUCCCUUCGCCCAGAUCUCCAUGCAGCUCAUCCGCAUGCUGGAGGCCAGGAAGGCCUACGUGAACAUGGCCCUGUUUGAGAACUUCACCUAUGCGGGGAUUGAUGCCACUGCUGAGGAGGCGUGAGGCUGCGCUGGCACCGCUCAGAGGGGCAAUGCUGGCCCCAGCCUGCUGGAACAGUGCUGUGGGGACAAAAGGCUGCUCAUCCACUCCAGGGCCAAGCAGCCAAAUGGCAGUGCCCCUUCCCUGCAGCAGGACUGUGCUGUCCCCUCCCUGGCAUGAUGCCAGCCACUAACAGCCCCACACUGUUGGGACAUGCUGGGGUGGCCCCCAAGGACAAGCAGCAGCAGGGUGCUAGCAGCAGAGCAGGCAGGAGAGGGUCUCCCUCAGGAGCCAGGGUACUGCCUAAGCCCACGGACACAAAUGCUCAAGCUUUGGGCGUGAGAAGAAAGCAGCAACACAGCAGCUGCCUGCCCUGCAGCCCUCAGCAUGCUCUGGGCCUGAAGUGGUGCCAGGGGUUGUGAGCAGCGCUGCUGGCAUGGAAUGGGGCCAGCCUGGCAGGUGCAAAAGGACAGUGUUGGCUGUGCACAGCCUCCAGCUCUGCAGUGGCCCUUCGGAGGUGUCAGCUCUGCCUUACAGACAAUAAAGAUCAUGCAACAGCCGGGUCCAGAGGGGUGUUGGUGGGGACACACUUCUGCCCUGCUGACAGCACUGGGGAACAGGAUGUGAGGGCCCAGUGAUCUACUGCUGUGGUGGGCACUCCUCAGAAUCCUGUUCCCACUGGGGUCCUCUAAUAAUCCCCAGGAAUGCCCCAGCAUUCCCAGACAAAUCCCAGGUCUCAUCAUGGCAUGGAGAUGGGUUUUCUUAGGAUCCAACUGGGAUCUUUCCCCACACACACAAUUUAAGACUUGGUCUUGUCCCCAAAGGGAUAUGGAGAGCAGACUGCAUCCUUCCUAUGCACAGCUGCCUUGUACAUGCUUAGAAAUUGUUCCUGCAGCUUCCCCUCAGCUGGCUGGUCUUUAAAGGGAUGGCCCUGCUCCUCCAGCUGGGUCCUGUGGAGCUGUGCAACUCCACACCCUUCCCACCCUGGCCAGCUGGCACCUCCCAGCACUGUGCCGAGCCAUCCCUAACUUCCCACAUCUGGCAAAGUGACAGCUGCGUUUGACCAGCCUGCUCGAACAUGUGCUGCCAGCCUCAUGUGCCUGUCCCUCAAGGGCCACCUGGGCUCUGCGCUGACCCUUCUGGAAGGAGCUCCUGUCCCAGGCUUCGGUCCCUCACCUGCACUGCUGCUGUUUGUUACUCUGAGAAUGGUUGGACUUCAUCUCUUCUGGCUUCAGCUUGCUCAGCCCUGGACAUGGCAUCCAGCUGUCUGUCUGCCAUCUGCAGUCCCACGUGCAAGAAGCAACAGUGGCUCCUGCAGAGACCGGGACAUUUGUAUUGACCUUCUGGGCAAGCAUCUUUUAUCCCCAGAAGGUCUCUGAACCCUGAACCCUGUCAAUACCAUUCUGAUUUUCCAUUCUGGCCUCCAGUGCUCUUUGGAGUCAACUGCAGCUGUUAGUGACCAGCUGCUCUGCCCCAUCCCUGAGGUCCCCAGUGAAUCAGUGAUGGGGACUGGGUGGCCCUCACAAACAGCCUGACAUGUGCCACUGCUUCUGCACCCCCUCUGCUCCCGCCUGGGAAGUGUCACAGUCCUGCUUAUACCUAGGUCUUUCUUCUGUUUUUGACAAAAUUUGUCUGUGGCAACUUGGGGCUGGCUGCUCCUCUCUCCCUUUAGUGCCUCUGGUGCUGUCCUCAGCUGCUGGGUUUGAAGAAGCAAACCCAGCCUUGGUGCACAGUGGACAUGUGCAAGUGGCUCCUCGUGCCCUGGCUGGUGCCCCCAGGCUGUGCAAUAGUGCUGUGCCCUGGCAGGGUGGGAGACCCUCCAGCACUGGAAGUAAUGGACUGGCAUGAGGUUGAGCAUGACUGUGGGACCUCACUGUGGUGGCCCCACCACACUGGCACCUCUGAGGGCUUUGCCCCUGUGCUUGCAGCUCUGCUCCCAGCACAGCCACAGAGACAGUGCUGCUGGCAGAGCAGACCUGGAGCACACCAGGACACGAUGGAGGCAGAUCAGCUGUUCCAUAUCCCGUGCUCCCAUGUGGCAGCAGCCCCAACAACCUGCCCUGCCCCACACAGGGGCCUCCCUAGUUUCUCGGGGUUGUUUUUCUUCCUACCCCAUCCUCCCAGCAUGCCAGUAGCCACAGGGCAGGACAUGCUGCCUAUCUGAUAGGAGCAGUCUCUCUUGGCACUGCGGCCGGCAGCAUUGUGGUUUCAGGCACAGGGAAGUGCUGGUGGUGGGGCGGGGUGAGCCCCCAGCCAGGCUUCCUGAGCAGCAUAGCCACCACUUCCCAGAUAAAGGUAUCGCCUGGAGGAGCCGCAGCAGCUCCCAGGACACUGGGAAGGGCUGAGAGCAGCACAUGUGGCCCCGGCACACAGGUUGCAGGAUGGCAGCCUGCCUGUGCCAGGGCUGGCAGCUCUCACUGCUCCCUACCAUCCUGCUCAGCCUCCGCAGCCCACCGUCAGCCCCUGAGCCAGUGACAUCCCAAGGUAGGUCCUUGGGGAUAUUUUCUGCUCCAAAGGAUGGGCCAGAGAGGAGCUAGAAUGCCAGGCAUGAGCAGCAAGCACCUCACAGCAGCUAGAAUCUAUGGGAUUGGGAAGGGGGCAUUCCAGGAGGGUGUGCAGGGAAUGUUCAGGAUAAGCAAUGGAGUGCCCUUCUCACCUGUGGGACACCCUGAGAUGGUUGGAGUAAAGGAACAUCCAUGCUCUCUGCAAGCAGAGCUUGGCUGCCCAUGGGUUGCCCCUGAGGAUGGCAGCCUGGUGCUCCCAGUCCUACUCGGGUAGCAGAGGGGCUCCUCACUCAUCAGAAGUUCUCAGAGUUAUGACAGGAUGAGGGUUUGAACAAGACUCAACCUCUGAUGGCACAGCUCUGCACCAUGGGCAAUGCAGUGGCACUUCCAGGCUAACCUCAGUGCUCCUGCACCAGCCUUGCCAUGAUCCUGCUGUUCUGCUGGACUCCCUCAUCUUAGCUGAUAGCUGGUCCCAGUCUGGCUCACUGCACCUGCCAGAGCCACUCCCCAACUUUGCCUCAUUUCAGGCUUCUCCAUGCAUUCUGUAAGCACCUCCCAGCCCCUUUAGAACAUUCUGUAACACCAUAAAAAGCAUUCAUUGAAUAAAACCCUGUUGAUCUCC